AUGGCGACCAAUUUCUUAUCCAAAGAAUCGCUUUUAAGUCACUCAGCUGAAGUUGAAUAUCCCAUAAAAGAAUCGCACGAAAUAGAAAACUCUGAAAUUUACGAUUAUAUUCUUGCCAUUAAUAAUCCUUUCGAUGUCCCCGAAAAGAACUAUAUUUGUCAUGCCUUUCUUAAUGAUCUUCGCGUUGAAGAUGCCAAACUCCGAUUUCGUUUUUACUUCAAAUCAGACGAAGAAGACCCAUUCUACAAAGAAGGCCAGCGUCUGCUUGAUCGCAAACUUGAAGGCCAAACCAAGGUAAAAUUCAAGGUGGUUGCCCAAGUUGUAGUGAGGACAAUUAUAAAGCUUCUCCAAGAUAAAUUGCAGCUUGAAAUCAACCUUCAUUACUCUCAAUUAGGAGACCAGAUUUUUAUUAAGCUUCGCAGUAGUGAGAAUAACUUAAAAGUCCAAGCUGAUUUAAUUGAUUAUAAGCUGCAGUUUAAAGCUGACAAGGACUUCUUCAAAGACCAAGAACAUCCUUUGGAUUUUCAAGCUGUAUUGCCAUAUGGAGCUUUUGAAAAGCAGAUGCCACAUAAAAGUGUCUUUGCGAUGAUGAAAGCGAACCCUGAAGAUUUAUACCAAAGAUAUGAUACUUAUGAAAGGGAAUCUGAAAGCGGGCAUCUAUUUAAAUAUGUAGAUAAAGUUAGGCUCGUCCAUAGCAUGAUUGUCAGCGUAAUCGAGCUGGGAGAGCUUGCAAAUCAUUCUAUUUUAUAUGGACAAUUUCCACAGCAUAAUUAUAAAGUUCUUGAUGAGUUUGAUAAGACUUGGAUUACAUUAAGAGGUUUCUGAAAGCCUCAAGAUAUUGAAAAAAUUAGAAAUUACUUUGGGGAAAAAAUCGCUAUGUAUUUUGCGUGGCUUGAAAUGUAUACACAAUGGCUUGUAAUUCCUGCAUUUUUUGGGAUUAUUUUUGGGAUCAUUAUAUAUGCAGAUGACCCUAAUGAUACCUCCUCUAGUACAAUGACAGCUGGAGAAGUCAGCUAUUUUCUAUUUGCUAUCAUUUUAAGCUUAGGCAGCACAUUUCUAGAUCAAAUCUGGGUAAGAAAACAGAAUAUUUUUGCAUGGAAAUGGGGACUCAGUGAGUUUGAAACUAAAGAAGAGCAAAGACCUGAGUAUAAAGGGAAAUACAAAAAAGACAUUGUUUCAGGAAAAAUGAAAAAAGUGGUUGAUAAAUCCAAGAAUGGUAUAUUUAAAAAUAUGCUUGGAUUUGUGACGAUGCUUUUUUUCGUUGGAAUUGUGAUAGCUACUUUGGUUGCAAUUUUCAUUUAUAGAGCUUCUCAGAAGAAAGGGUCUUGGGGACCUAGGCUUGCUGGUGCUUUUAACGCUUUUCAGAUUAAAAUUUUGAACUUCAUUUACAGAUAUGUCGCAAGAUCCUUAACAGAGUGGGAAAAUUACGAAACUGCUUCAGAGUUCCAAAAUGCUUUGACAAUAAAACUAUUUUCCUUCCAAUUUGUGAACUCAUAUGCAUCAUUGUUUUAUAUGGGAUUUGUAAAAGGAAGGGUAGAAGGAUGUGAUGAUAACGACUGUAUGAAUGAGCUUGAGCUUCAGUUAGGAAUGAUUUAUGUAAUUAAUUUGCUGCUAAACCUUAUGGAACUUGGCAUCCCCUUUUUGAAAAAUAAAUAUAAAACUUAUAGAACUCAAAAAGCAGCUGAAGAAAGAGGCGAUUUAUUAAAUUUGACUAUUUUUGAAAAAGAAGCUAAUCUGUCUACAUAUGAAACUCCUUUAGAAGACUAUAUGGAAAUGAUUAUAGGGUAUGGAUAUGUUGCACUUUUCGCUGUGGCUUUUCCAUUUAGUCCAUUGUUAGCCAUUAUACUUUGUGUGCUGGAAUUUAGAGUUGAUGCAUGAAAAUUGUGCAAGGUCACUCAAAGAGUUUUUCCAGCUCAAGAUAACUCUAUUGGUGUUUGGAUGCCAAUUAUUCAAAUUUUAUCUUAUAUCGGAUGUGCGACUAAUAUUGCGCUUAUUAUUUUCACAACCGAUGUAUUUGAUUUUCAUAGUGCAGCAGACCAAUGAAUUGCUUUUAUUGUGGUGGAGCAUUCACUAUUUGCUUUAAAGUUCUUGAUUUCGGCCUACAUUCCAGAUGUGCCUGAGGUAGUUAAAAAAGGAGUUAUAUGGAGCAAUAGAGUUAUGAAUGAAAAAUUAUAUGGGAAAUAUUCUGAUGUUGAUAAAGAACGCGAAAUUAGGCAGCUGAACUUUGAACCGUCUGCAAACAGAGAAAAAGUUGAGGUCGACAAGUUUUUGAAGUUGGAAUAG